AUGGUGCUCCCCACGAUUAAACCAGACAUCAUGGCUGAGGCCGACGAGCAACCCUCCAAGCGCCGGCGACGCAGCCGGCGGGCUCCCUCCGAUCGCAAGUUCGAAUGUACUCAUGAGGGCUGCGGCAAGAGUUAUUCGCGCGCCGAGCACCUGUACAGGCACCAGCUAAACCACACCCCGAAACAGAUCUUCCGCUGCGAUUUCCCCAAUUGCUACCGCUCAUUCGUGCGCCAGGACCUCUGCAUCCGCCAUCGCGAACGGCAUACCACCCGUGGCUCACAGCUGCAGAAACGCGACAGCUUCGCCAACGACAGCCCCGAUGAAUCACCCCACAAAUCACUCAUGCCGGCGUCCUCGCCGUCCUCGCCGUCCAUGACAGCGACCGACUACCCAUUCCUGACAGGCCCCCCUCCACCCAGUUCCAAAUCGCCUCCAAACACGGUCUUUCCGCUACCCACCUCCACCACCAUCGACACAGCCGGGGUCCCCGUGUCCGGCUACACAGACUUCUCCGGCGUUAUCAGUCAAGCGGACACUAUGCUGGAAUUUGACUCCAUGUCAAAUGCCUACCCGAUAUUCGGCGGCGAGACCUACAACCGAUCACCAUUUGCAAUGGCGGACGACUUUGCAGCGUGGCUAUUCAGCGAGCCUCUCGCACCACUGGGAUACGGGAUGAUGCCGUUCGUGCAGAACCAGUUCUACGUGAACGAGCCAUCGUACAACAACUUUUGCUCGGUGAUUCCGCAGCACCCGAUGAGCGUGACGAGUAUUCUUGACUCUAGCACGCUGCCGGCGAUUAUCUCAGAGGAAAAGCGGCAGGAUCUGUUGCAUCUCAUGGCGACACGAUUCAAUGAAGCGGCGUACUCAGCAGAGGGGAAGCGCAAGGAUGCGCUGAUGGACGGGGACUUGGACAGUGAUCGGCAUGUGCUGAGUCUACGCAUGAUGCAGACGUAUAUUGGCUCGUAUUGGUUUCAUUUCCACACGCAAUUGCCGAUUCUGCAUCAGCCGACCUUUGCGGCAGAUCGAACACCAAAUCUGUUGCUGCUCGCUGUCAUGGCCAUAGGAGCGGCAACGCUGGACAAGGCUCAUGGGCAGGCUGCGACGGAGACAGCCGCAGAACUAGCUAGCUUCAUUGCAUGGCAUUUGCGCUGGGAGAUUUUUAUGGAUGCAGAUUUUAGGCCGCCAGCCCGGCUGUGGGUAUUCCAGGCCCUGCUUCUACUGGAAGUCUACGAGAAGCUAUUCUCGACGCGCGCACUGCACGAACGCGCGCAUAUCCACCACGACACGACCCUGACGCUCAUGCGCCGCGGCAGCUCGCUAAUCGGCCGGUCCUCCUUCGAUACUCCCGAGUCCAAGGAAGAGGACGAGUCGUGGACGCACUGGAUCAAGUCAGAAGCUACUCGGCGCGUGGCGUUCGGGGCGUUCGUGCUCGACUCGACGCAUGCGACUAUGUUUGGACACUCGGCGAAGAUGGUGGCGCACGAGCUGCGCCUGCCCCUACCUUGCGACGAGGCGCUGUGGGCUGCCACCAGUGCCGCCGAGGUCGCGAGGGUGCAGUCGAGUCUGCAGUCGCAUGGAGUCCGGCCGAUCAUGUUCCUGGAUGGGCUGAAACGGACGCUGAACGGACAACCGGUGCGGACGAAUGCUUUUGGCCGGAUCAUUCUGAUGGCCGGCUUGUUGAGCGUGAGCUGGCAUCUGAACCAGCGAGACUUGCAGGUCAGCUCUCUCGGGGUCGGACAAACUCUGGGUGGACGAGAUAAAUGGCGGACCGCUCUGCUGCGGUCUUAUGAUAACUGGCGACGCGACUUUGACGAAGCCCUCGGCCCGGCGACCUCGACCGAGUCGGAGUCGCGCGAUGUGCUGCACGGUCUGGCCCACAUGGCAUCGCAUGUCGACAUCGUGGAUCUCCAGAUCUUUGCAGGUGCCGGCCGCCUGAUGGGCCGGUCGAUUACUGCGCGCGACUACAGUACGGCGCGCGAGAAGACUGACCGCUGGGCGACCAAGGCGUCCGCCCGCGAUGCCACCUUCUACGCGCUCAAGUUCUUGAACGCUUGUUUCUCCGACCCAACCGUCGAGGCCGGCGACUAUGUCGCUCGCGACGACUACCUGCUCAACCGCCCGUGGGUGAUGUACUUUGCCACCCUGGUCGUCUGGUGCUAUGGGUUUGCCUUGGAUGGGCCUUUACGGCCGCCGCCGGCGCUGGCGACGCACGCCGAUCGGCAGCGGAACAUGCAGACGUUCUUGCAGCGCGUGGGUGGGGUGCGCGAGCCGAACGAGCUGGAGGGGAUGAAGGGGCGCAAUGAGUGUCUGGGGUUGCUGAUGAUCCUGCGGGACUCGUUCGCCAAUUCGCGGUGGGAGCUGCUGGGCGAGGCGGCGCGGCUGCUGGACAGCUGUAUCGCGAAGCUGCAGUCGUAG